AUGCCAGUGGAGGAAUCCUCGCCUGCCGGAAAAACCGUCUGCGUCACCGGAGCCGGUGGAUACAUCGCUUCUUGGAUUGUCAAGUCACUUCUUGAGAGAGGCUAUACCGUCAAAGGAACCGUACGCAAUCCAGAUGAUCCAAAGAAUACACAUUUGAGAGAACUUGAAGGAGCCAAGGAGAGACUAAUUCUGUGCAGAGCAGAUCUUCAGGACUACGAGGCGAUUAAGGCGGCGUUCGAUGGCUGCGACGGCGUCUUUCAUACGGCUUCUCCGGUCACCGACGAUCCCGAGCAAAUGGUGGAGCCGGCAGUGAACGGAGCCAAGUUCGUAAUAAAUGCUGCGGCUGAAACCAAGGUCAAGCGUGUGGUCAUCACCUCCUCGAUUGGUGCCGUCUACAUGGACCCGAACCGUGACCCUGACGUGGUCGUUGACGAAAGCUGUUGGAGUGAUCUCGAGUUCUGCAAAAACACUAAGAAUUGGUAUUGUUACGGCAAGAUGGUGGCGGAGCAAGCGGCAUGGGAGACGGCGAAGGAGAAAGGUGUUGACAUGGUGGCUUUGAAUCCGGUGCUGGUUCUUGGACCGCCGUUACAACCGACGAUCAACGCCAGUCUCUUCCACGUCCUCAAGUAUCUAACAGGCUCGGCUAAAACCUACGCUAACUUGACUCAGGCUUACGUGGAUGUUCGCGAUGUAGCGCUGGCUCAUAUUCUGGUCUACGAGGCCCCAUCGGCCUCUGGACGUUAUCUCCUCGCCGAGAGCGCUCUUCACCGUGGCGAAGUUGUUGAGAUUCUGGCUAAGUUAUUCCCUGAGUACCCUCUCCCGACCAAGUGCAAGGACGAGAAGAAUCCUAGAGCCAAGCCAUACAAGUUCACUAACCAAAAGAUUAAGGACUUAGGCUUAGAGUUCACACCCACCAAGCAAAGCCUUUACGACACAGUUAAGAGCUUGCAAGAGAAAGGCCAUCUCCCUCCACCACCUCCUCCUUCGACAUCAUCACAAGAAACCAGCCAAAACGGCAUCAAGAUCGAGUCUUGA